AUGGAUGUGGACAACGAGGCCCCCAUCUUAUCACAAGAUGAGAUUGAAGAGUACAGCCGAAUCAAAUGCUGUGUAUGUGGACAGCGAGUAGAUGCAGACGAGGUUGCAGAACACUCGAGACAAUGUGUGCUGGAACCAGCCCCAAACCUUCGCCUGCAGCUCGAUAAGUGGAGUAUCAUCUCGGCUAGCAUGACCCCCUCUGAGCAGAGAGCUUUCUUGCACAUGCGGCGAACAGAGGAGCUGGCAAAGGUUGAAGAGAUCGAGGCUAGCUUAGCAAAGCGAAUGCCACAGCUGUGGUGGAUGGGUGGAAAGUUUGGCUACAUCAUUAGCUCAAAAUGGUGUCGAUCUUGGCGCAGCUUUGUCGGCGUGGGCCGGCCAACAGUCGAGACAAGGGACCGACCUCCCUCGCCCAUCAUCAACAGUGACCUCUUUGACAUCGAUGGUAACUUACGAAGUGGGCUGCAAGAGGGUCUUCAGAACGACUACCAAGUUCUUGAGCAGCCAAUGUGGGAGUUCUUCAUACAAGUGUACGGCGGUGGUCCUGCCAUUCUACGGUACAAUCCGACCGGUGAUAGCCUGAGCCGCUUGAGCCUUGGAGAACCUCAGGCCUGUGAGGUUGUCUUUGAAGGGAAGUGGCGAGAUGGCCGACCAGACACGGGGCAUGGCCGCAUCUUCGACACUUUAAGCGGUCGUGGCUUUGAUGGGGAGAUUGAAGACGGCUUUCUCUGGACCUGCACGGGCAAAGGGCUUCUGAAGAACGGUAGCCAUUUUGAAGGUCAAGUUGUCCAAGGCUUGCCUCAAGGCUCUGGCAGGGAGGUUCGUCCGGAUGGGAGCGUCGUCGAGGGAACGUUCCACGAUGGAAAGCUUCAUGGUUUGGGUCGGUUUGUUGAUGCACACGGCAUGGCGCAGGAAGGUGAAUGGGAGAAUGGCGAGCUGCAAGGCAUUUGA